AUGAUAUCUGUCGAUGCUCCUUCUUCACCUCCUUUAUCACCAAAAUCAUCUCAAUCAAAAGAUCUUUCAGAGUGGUCAUCUCCUUUUCUAAAUGCUUAUGAAAAUACAGACAAGAAGAUGGAAGCAUUUUCAUAUAUUGAUGACCCCAAUAUUGCCCCAUACCCGACCCCAUGUAACUCAAAAACCAUUUUGGACGAGAAAAGAAAAUAUCAUAAUGAUGAGGAUCAAAAGGUGGUUGCAAACUUGGAAGAAGAAACAGUAAAAUUAUCCAAAGAACUAGAAAAGAUCGUUUCAAACAACAAAAAACAAGAGCAUAUCAACAAGAAAAAGCUUCAAAUGUUGGAAAACGAAAAUCUGUUUUUACAAGAGAAUCUGAUGGAUGCUACCUUAAAAAUUGAAAAUCUUCAGCAAAAGACUCAACUCUAUUCUGAAAUACCUAAAAAUGAUACCUUUGAUCAAAAUCUAAAAGAAGUGCUAUUCUGUAAGAUGGAAAAGCUACAGGAGGAAAGUGGACAAGUGUCUGAAUCAAAAUCACAGCUAGAAAGUGAAUUUAAGGCUGCCACAAAGGAUUUAUAUGAUCUAAGACAGCAGUUUUAUCAGUCUCAGCUCAUGACGUCUGAACAUGAGCAGUUGCUUAAUGACUUUAAGCUACAACAACAACAUAUAAAGGAACUCAAUUCAUCACUUGAGAACUGCCAAGAUGUUAUCGCUCGAUUGCGAGAUGAUGGCUUACUUGCAGCAGGAGAUGCAUUGUCUAUCACAAGUAGUGAUAACAAUGAAUUGCUGCACAAUAGUAAUAGUAGUAGCAGAUCACCCUCAUUCUUACAUGUGGAAGACAUAAGAAUACAAAAUAGCUUAUUUACAGAAUUAGGCAACGCACAAUGGAAAGAUAGUUCUCAACUAUCCUUAGAUAGUGUUGCAAUGGAGAAAGAUAAAGUGAAUCCGUUGUCGACAUUGUCCAUAUACAACCAAUCACCAGACUGUAACUCUGCUAUAGAAUCCAUCGUGGUAAAUGCUGCUAUAUUGGAUGUUGAUACAAUCAACGAGGUACUAGAGCGACUAAAAAGUCUAGAGACCAAGUACAGACCCGAACAACCAUUGAAGAAGGAAGUAUCGCCUUCAGCUCCACCUUCAGUUAUCAGUAACCGGUCAAAGGUUACUAACAGUACACUAAUCGCACGGAAAGAAGAAAUGACACAUACUACUGGCUUCAUAAAGAGACUGAUAUACGCUCUUUGGCGCUGGCUAAAGUUCACAGUUAUCAUGAUUGUUGCUCUGUACUUUAGCAUUAAGGAGGGCCCUGAUGGCCUUGUAGAUAAUAAGCUUUAA